UGUAGUAAUAUAAAUAAAAUGUCAUAAGACUCUUCGAAAACAAGCUACGGUAUACCUAUGAUGAGACAAGAGACAUCAAUGAACUUUUAAAUACCUAUGCCUAUAAUCUCUUAUAAUUUACAUUACUCUAUUAAUUUACGUAAAUUAUUAGUUCGUUGCAUGAGCAAGCAAGAAAAAUCCAUAGAAGUAGCGUUACGUGAGUGCUGGACGCUUAAUAAACAACAGAAACCAUUUUCAGAUUCUUAGAUAGUGAAGGAAUGUAUGUUGGAAGUAGUCACUGCAUUUUUUAAAGACGAAAAAAGAUGUUGUCGCUGCAAUUCAAAGUGUUCCAUUAUCGGCGAGAAGUUAUACACGAAGAACGGAAAUUUUAGCUGCUGAUAAUAAAAACACUCUUCUUGAACUUCUGCAAAAGGCACAUUGCUACGCCAUAGCACUUGAUGAAUUGCCGUUGAAAGGUAACACUCGAGGAGAAGAUUUAUUCAAGGUCAUUUAUGAAUUUAUUACUAAAUCUAUCAUUAGCUUUGAUAAAAUGAUGUCGCUUGUAACUGAAGGGGCCCCAGCAAUGAUUGGCAAAGAAAAAGGUGUAGUAAAGAGAAUCAGGGAUAAAAACUCAGGUCUAAUAUCGUAUCAGUACAUAAUUCACCAGGCAGCCCUUUGUGGAAAACUAUAUGCUACACUGAAAGAAGUGAUGGACAACUUUGUCAAGUUCAUUAAUUUUAUGAGAUCUCAAUCUGUUCUACAGCUCCGACAUUUCAAGGAGUUUCUUUCUGAAUGUGAUUAAGCGUAUUCUAAACACAACAAUGUUCGUUGGCUAAGUAAAGGUCAAGUUAUUGAACGUAUCUGGCUAAUAAAAGAACAAGUAACCUCCUUCUUGCAAAACUUAGAUACGCAGGGAGUCAGAAAGCGCUCUGAGUUCAUAACAAACAAGCGCAAUAUGCUGGUUGUGGCUUUUCUAAAAGAUAUUUUAAAAUAUUUAAAUGCGUUCAACACAGAGUUACAACGAAAUGGAAAAUUAAUAUGUGAUCUGAUACAAAGCAUGUCUGCUUUUCGCCGCAAGCUUUCUUUGAAAAAGAUAUUGCAAAACAAGCAUUUAUUCAUUUUCCGACAACUCUUGAAUAUGAAAAGGAGAACUCUGAAGAAGACAUUGCAGUUUUUGUAAAAUUUCUGGCCGACCUUAGGAACGAAUUUGCUACAAGAUUCCAAGACUUUCCAGGAGUGGGCAAGCUAUCUCCAUUUCUUAAAUUGCCAUUUGAAGUUGAUGUAGCGGCAGAAUGGACAGAUGUGGCUGCCAAGUUGUUUAAUCUGUCAAAGCCAUCACUUCAAAUGGAGAUAAUUGAUUUGUAAGAAGAUGUGUCUUUGCAAAUGUAUAAAACGGUAUCCACUGAAGAAUUUUGGGCCAAACAUAUCCCAGAAAAUUAUGAGAAUUGCAAGAAACCAGAUAUAAAUUUGGCAACUAUGUUUGGCUCAACAUACAUAUCGCUCAUUUGGAGAAACAUCGACGUAAAUGUAAUUUUUUCCAAAAAUUAGAUAAAUAUGACAAAUCACUUAGAAAGUGUAUUUACGUUAGGAGAAACAAAGACGUAAAUCAAAUUCAGUCUAUUUAUCGGUAGGUAGCGCUAGCGUCGUUGUUGCAUUUAUGCUAACUCGCAAAGAUCUCGCGGAAACAGCGACGCAUCGGUCAGUUGCGCGGGGAGCUCCGCAAAGUGUAUUUGUGUUUGGGUGCUACAUCGACGUAACGGUAAUUAUGACAUUAUUUUUCGUUCUUUUUGGGGCUACAACGACGGAAUGAACAUUUUCGACAUUGUUGUCCCAAAAUAUAUUUGUUUUUGCAGAAGCAAUGACAUAAUUUUUGUAAUUUCCUAUUAGUAAUGUCGUUGUUGGUAGAAAAAUAUUAUUAUUUGGUUCAAAUACGCUUAAACAUUUCUUUGUGAAAUUAUUUAAAUAUAUACAUUUUAAAAAGAGCAAGCCAGCUUAUUUUCACGAUACCUGGCCAAGUAUUUUUGUUGUGUUGUAUUACAUGAAAUGUUCAUAUAAUUCUUUUUUGUCUGCGUGAAGUCGCAGUAAACUUCCUAAAUUCCACGUGGGAUUAUUUUAGUCUUUGAAGUUAGAUUUACUUUUUAAAAAUUUCUUUUAUGUUGUAUCAUGUACAGUUAAUGCAUUUCACGAGCGCGCGUCAAUAGUUGUAAUUUAAGCCUUAUGUGAAUGUAAAUAAAAGUCACAUGACGCGCGCUGGUGAUAUAUAAUUUUGUUUUGAUUUCCUAUUCAUUUAUUUUUAGGUUAUUUACAAUAAUGCAAGGACGUGGUAGAAAGUUGGUCAAUUUAGUAAUGGAUAGACACGAACCAUCAUCUAUUGACACAAUGACGUAUUUAAAUAAUGUCAAUAUUGUUGGUGUUGCUGAUCAGAGUGGGAAUGCCAAUAGAAAUGAACAAGUUGAGAGUAUUUAUCCUGACUUGCCAAGUUUGCAAAACUCUCCGUAUCACAAUGAAGAUAUUUCAAGCAUUUUUAAUAACGUCACAGAGUAUGACACAAGUAAACACGAAUCAGAAACCUUCGAAUUCCAACCUCUUCGUGAUCUUAAGAAAUCUACAUCAACUUUAUCCUCAUCUAGCUCUGAUUCUGAAGACUCGACUGCCAGUAAGUCGAUUUUGACACAAGGGAACGUUUCCACAUUAGAACAAGAUAACUAUGUCGUUCCUCUUGUGUCUGAAUUCCAGCUCCAUUUACCAGCCAAUAAUAACUCGCAACCAGAAAUAUCUGAAUUAGUUUUACCAAAAUCCAUCGAAAAUAGUGCAAAUGUAGAUGGCAAAUAUUUAAAAUCAGACUGUGAAGAUUUUUCACCAGAUGACAGUGGUGAUGAAUAUCAGCCAGCAAAACGCACUCGCAAAAUGUCUUCAUCUAGUUCAAGCAGUUCCUCUUCAUCGUCAUCAAGCUCAUCAUCAAGCAGGUCCACUUCUUUUCACUCUACUACACGCAGGUCCAACUUAAUGCAAUCUGGCGAGACUCUCGAGGUUAUAUCACAGCAAAAUAAUCAUUCCAGUAACAAUGUGAUGCCAAAUGAUGGAUCACCCCAAAAUACAGAUAAUAUUGUUCAAUCUCCUAAUAAAAAUAAAAAGAAAAGGGUGAGGAAUGAGGCUCAGUGGAAGAAAAAUAAAACAAAACAAUUAAAAAAUUUGGGUAAACAAUAUACAUCUCGCACUGGUAAAACUGUUCCUGCCAAAGCAAUGAAGCCGCCUUGUUCAGACAAGUGUCGAUAUUUGUGCUCGAACAAAUUUUCAGAGGAGCAGAGGCGUGAAAUAUUUAAUAUGUAUUGGGCUUUAUCAUCAUUUCAGAGACAACGUGAUUUUCUUAAUUCUGUAGUUAUGGUAUUCCUACCAGCCGUGCGUCGUAUCAGAACAACGACAAAGAAUAGAAAACCUAACACAUACUAUUCCCUAGUCAACAAUGGGCAAAAUGUGAGAGUUUGCAAAACUUUCUUACUAAACACAUUGGGAAUUGCAGAUAGAACUUUACGCACUGUGAUCGAGGCUAAAACAAGUGAAGGCUUUCUAGGCAGUGCACCAAUGGACAGUCGUGGCAAGCAUGAUCAUCAUAUUAAAACUGAUCCAGAAGUCUUGGACUCCGUUAGAGUUCAUAUAAACUCCAUAGCUAGGAUUGACAGUCAUUAUCUCCGUGCAAACACGAGUCGAGAAUACAUUGAUGGUGGUCUCACACUAGCUGAUUUACAUCGUGACUACAAAAACAUGAGGGAAUCCGAUAAGAAAACUGCUGCAAACUAUGAUUUAUACUACCGAAUAUUUAACAUUUCUUUUUUCAUCCCCAAGAAAGAUCAGUGCGAUCUAUGUGAAUCUCGUAAAAAUGUAGUUGACGGUGAUGAAGUGUUAGAAAAUCAAUAUUUGGAACACCUGCGCCAAAAAGAACUCAGUCGAGCUGAAAAAAAGAAUGACAUUGAGACUUGUAAAAUGGCUGAAAGCAAUAGCAUUGUAGCUAUAUUUGAUUUACAAGCUGUGAUGCCUGUACCGAUUGGAGAAUCAUCAGCUUUCUUUUAUAAGUCUAAAUUAAAUUGUCUGAAUUUAACUAUCACUGAUAUAAAAAACAAGGAGACGAUUUGUUACUUCUGGUAUGAGGCUUUAGGAGGUCGGGGUGCAGUUGAGAUCGGUUCCUGUGUCUACAAAUUCCUGCAAAAAGUAUCUGAUAAAUAUCCUAAUUCUGACGUUACGUUUUAUACCGAUAACUGCUGUGGACAGCAGAAGAACAGAUUCAUUUUCUCAAUGUAUCUGUAUGCCGUCAAAACAUUACGAAUCAAAACCAUCACUCAUAAAUUUUUGAUCCGCGGGCAUACCCAAAAUGAAGGAGACACAGCGCACUCGUUAAUAGAAAAAGCUAUUAAAAAAUCUAAAAAGUCUGGGCCCAUAUACGUGCCAGAGCAGUACGUUCAAAUCAUAAGGUCUGCAAAAAAAAAUGGCAAUCCAUUUAUUGUAGAAGAGUUAAACUAUGACGAUUUCUAUGAUCUCAAAAACUUAGCGGAAGAAAUUGGACUAAACACCGCAAAAGACGUACAUGGAAACACCAUUAAAACGAAUGAUAUAAAAAUGAUUAAAUUUCAAAAGGAAAAUGGAACAUAUAAAUUUAAAACUGGAUACGAGGAAGACUGGACAGAAGCCGUUACAAAAAUCUCCAGACGAAAUAAGGGAGACACAAAAGAUAUAAUAGAUUUAACACUAAAGCCAGCGUAUCGUGGAAAAAUACCUAUUGCUCAAAAUAAGAAAAGUGACUUACAAGAACUAAUGCAAAAAAAUAUCAUACCAAGGUUUUAUUGCAGUUUUUACGACAAUGUUUUAAACAUUUAAAUGGUAUCUACUUGGUCAAAUUAAGCUAGGUACGUUAAAUUUAAUAUUUUGUAAAAGUAGGCCUAACGAAGCUGUGAUUGUCGUGCCUUUUGAUUCUUUAAGUGAAAAUUAUCUAUUAUAUAAGUUUAAGUUCCUCAAAUAUUACAAAUUUUAUUCGAAAUAAAUGGAUAAUAGUUUGAUUACUUUC